AUGUUGGUGGCCGCGCUCCCCAUUGUUGGGGGAAGGAGGCGAGCGGAGGCGAGAUCCGGUGGUCUCUGGCGGCGGCCCCGUCCCGAGGCAGGAAUCUUGAGUAAGGUUCCAACAUUUGGGGGCUCGUCCGGGAUUGGUCGCCGCCUGACGACCCCCGACCCGCACGGCGAAGACCCACUCGGCCCGGGCCAUCGACUGACGACCAGGCACCCUCAGGUCAAGAUAAAAGUGAUGGAUCCAGGGCCACGCGGCCAGCCUGACCAGGUGGCCUAUAUCAUCACCUGGGAAGACCUGGUCCGGGAUCCCCCCCAUUGGGUGAAGCCCUUCCUCCCCUCAGCUCCCCCUUCCCAGUCGACCCUCCUCGCCUUGGAAGCCCCCCGAAACCAAACCCCGGUCCCCUCGAAACCUGUCCUCCCGGAUGAGGAUCCGCAGGCCCUGACCUCUCUGAUAGAAUCCAUUCUCCUCACUCACCAACCCACCUGGGAUGACUGUCAACAGCUCUUACAGGUUCUUCUGACCACAGAAGAGAGGCAACGAGUCCUCCUCGAGGCCCGGAAAAAUGUGCCAGGGCCAGGAGGACUCCCGACCCAACUCCCCAACGAAAUAGAUGAGGGAUUUCCCCUCACCCGCCUGGAUUGGGACUAUGAAACAGCAACAGGUAGGGAGAGUCUCCGAAUCUAUCGCCAGGCUCUGUUGGCAGGUCUCAAAGGGGCCGGAAAGCGCCCCACCAAUUUGGCUAAGGUAAGAACUAUUACUCAGGAAAAGAACGAAAGCCCGGCAGCCUUCAUGGAAAGGCUCCUAGAGGGGUUUCGAAUGUACACUCCAUUCGAUCCCGAGGCCCCGGAGCACAAGGCCACCGUAGCUAUGUCAUUCAUAGACCAGGCAGCGCUAGACAUAAAGGGAAAGCUCCAAAGAUUGGACGGGAUCCAGACCUAUGGGCUGCAAGAACUAGUUAGAGAGGCAGAAAGAGUUUAUAACAAGAGAGAGACUACUGAGGAAAAAGAAGCUAGGCUAGCAAAGGAACAGGAGGAACGAGAGGAUCGACGAGAUCGGGGGCGCCCCACCACCUUUCUGGUGGACACCGGGGCCCAGCAUUCAGUUUUGACAAAAGCAGGUGGGCCCCUUUCAUCCCACACCUCUUGGGUCCAAGGAGCAACAGGAAGGAAGCUACACAAGUGGACCACCCACCGAACAGUAAACCUUGGAAAAGGUAUGGUGACUCAUUCUUUCUUAGUAGUACCUGAAUGCCCAUAUCCCCUUCUGGGGCGGGAUCUGUUGACCAAGCUCGGAGCCCAGAUACAUUUCUCGGAGAGAGGGGCCCAGGUGCUGGGUGAGGAUGGUCAGCCUAUCCAAAUUCUGACCGUAUCCUUGCAAGAUGAGUACCGGCUUUUCGAGACUCCUAUCUUCACCAGCCCUCCCGAUAAUUGGCUGCAAGAAUUUCCCCAGGCUUGGGCAGAGACAUGGGGACUUGGACUGGCAAAAUUUCAAGCCCCGAUUAUAGUUGACCUCAAACCCACCGCAGUGCCCGUGUCCAUUAAGCAAUACCCCAUGAGCCGAGAAGCCCGUAUGGGCAUCCAACAGCAUGUUAAUAAAUUUCUGGAAUUAGGGGUCUUACGGCCAUGCUGCUCACCUUGGAAUACGCCCCUCCUUCCGGUAAAGAAACCUGGGACCCAAGAUUAUAGGCCCGUCCAGGACUUGAGAGAAAUUAAUAAGAGAACCAUGGACAUACAUCCCACAGUCCCCAACCCUUACAACCUGCUCAGUACCUUGAGACCAGACCACAACUGGUAUACAGUACUAGACCUAAAAGAUGCAUUCUUUUGCUUACCCCUGGCUCCCCAAAGCCAAGAGCUUUUUGCCUUUGAAUGGAGGGACCCUGAGAGGGGAAUCUCAGGCCAAUUAACUUGGACUCGGCUUCCCCAAGGGUUCAAGAAUUCUACCCUCUUUGACGAGGCUCUUCACCGGGACUUGACUGAUUUUCGCACCCAGCACCCAGAUUUAACUCUGCUCCAGUAUGUAGAUGACCUCCUCCUGGCCGCCCCCACUAAGGGAGCCUGCCUACAGGGCACCAGGCAACUGCUCCAGGAGCUCGGAGAAAAAGGAUACCGAGCCUCUGCCAAGAAAGCACAAAUCUGCCAGACUAAGGUAACCUACCUGGGAUACAUCUUAAGUGAAGGAAAAAGGUGGCUCACCCCUGGGCAGAUAGAGACUGUAGCCCGCAUUCCGCCACCUCGGAGUCCCAAGGAGGUGCGUGAGUUUCUGGGGACUGCCGGGUUCUGCCGCCUGUGGAUACCUGGUUUUGCUGAGUUGGCAGCCCCCCUUUAUGCCCUCACCAAAGGGAACAACCCCUUUACCUGGCUGGAGGAACACCAACAGGCCUUCGAAACUUUAAAGAAGGCACUCCUCUCUGCCCCAGCCCUCGGGCUACCUGACACAUCCAAGCCUUUUACCCUCUAUGCAGACGAGAGACGGGGGAUAGCCAAAGGGGUCUUAACCCAAAAACUGGGGCCCUGGAAGAGACCGGUAGCCUACUUGUCUAAGAAACUGGACCCUGUGGCGGCUGGGUGGCCCCCUUGCCUCCGCAUUAUGGCAGCCACCGCUAUGCUAGUCAAAGACUCUGCUAAGUUAACCCUUGGGCAACCAUUGACUGUCAUUACCCCGCACGCCUUAGAGGCCAUAGUGCGGCAGCCCCCGGACCGUUGGAUCACCAACGCUCGUCUAACCCACUACCAAGCCCUACUACUAGACAUGGACCGCGUCCGCUUUGGCCCUCCGGUCACUCUGAAUCCUGCCACCUUGCUACCUGUACCGGAGGUCCCGCUAAGCCCCCACGACUGUCGACAAGUGCUGGCGGAGACCCACGGGACUAGAGAAGACCUCCAGGACUACGAGCUCCCAGACGCAGACCAUACUUGGUACACAGACGGUAGCAGCUUCAUGGACACAGGUACCUGGAGGGCGGGGGCGGCGGAAGUGGAUGGACAUGCCACGAUAUGGGCGCAGGCACUGCCUCCCGGAACGUCUGCUCAAAAGGCUGAACUAGUUGCUCUAACAAAGGCCUUAGAGCUGUCGCAGGGGAAAAAGGCUAACAUCUACACAGACAGUCGGUAUGCCUUUGCGACAGCCCACACCCAUGGGAGCAUUUACGAGAGGCGAGGUCUCCUAACAUCAGAAGGAAAAGAAAUAAAAAAUAAGGCCGAAAUAAUCGCCUUAUUAAAGGCCCUCUUCCUCCCUAAAAAGGUGGCCAUAAUUCAUUGUCCUGGGCAUCAAAAAGGACAUGACCCCGUCGCCCAGGGUAACAGGCAAGCUGACCAGGCGGCCAAGCAGGCUGCUAGAAUAUUCACCUUAGUUUCGGAAACCAAAAAGGCUGACCGGAUACCCCCUUCCCCACGUUAUACCUACACACCAGAGGACCGGGAAGAGGCAAUAGCCUUAGGAGCCACAGAAAACCAAGAGACUAAGAAUUGGGAAAAAGACGGGAAGAUGGUCCUCCCACAAAAACAGGCCACGGCCAUGGUGCAGCAGAUGCACGCCUGGACACAUUUAAGUAGUAAGAAACUAAAACUGCUCAUUGAAAAGACUGACUUCCUAAUCCCCAGGGUCGGGACCCUCCUGGAACAAAUAACGCUCGCUUGCAAGGCCUGCCAACAAGUAAACGCCGGGGCCACGCGAGUCCCGGCGGGGAUAAGGACACGGGGCAACCGCCCUGGGACCUAUUGGGAAGUAGAUUUUACUGAAAUAAAGCCUCACCAUGCAGGAUAUAAAUAUUUGUUAGUAUUUGUAGACACAUUUUCAGGAUGGGUAGAAGCCUACCCCACCCGGCAAGAAACGGCCCACGUAGUGGCCAAGAAGAUAUUAGAAGAAAUUUUCCCCAGGUUCGGACUCCCCAAGGUAAUCGGGUCAGAUAAUGGGCCAGCCUUCGUCUCCCAGGUAAGUCAGGGACUUGCCAGGAUACUGGGGAUUGAUUGGAAACUUCAUUGUGCUUAUAGGCCCCAGAGUUCAGGACAGGUAGAACGGAUGAAUAGAACUAUUAAAGAGACCUUAACAAAAUUGACCUUAGAGACUGGCUUAAAAGAUUGGAGACGUCUCCUAUCCCUAGCUCUCUUGAGAGCCCGAAAUACGCCUAAUCGCUUUGGGCUCACCCCUUAUGAAAUCCUCUAUGGGGGACCACCCCCCUUGUCAACCUUAAUUGAUUCUUUCGCCCCCUCUAACCCUAAGACUGAC